UUGAAUUCAGUCUUAGAUUUGUCUUCCAAGGGGGAAGUCGUGAUAUAGAGCGCUCCCUGUCUUUUUUCGCUCAAAGAGCAUAUUUGCUCCAUCCUGUUAAGUAAUGGCUAAGGGAGAGGAUAGGAUUGUUAGACAUCUCUCUUUUAGAAAAAUCUUGGAGCACAGCUUUAAGCAAAAGUUGACCAGGAGGCGUAGUACAGGAAGCUGGAAAGAGGAGGAAGUAAGAAUAUCUACUCCUGAACCCUGUCCUAGGCUCCAGGUGGACCUCACACCACAGCUCCAGGACGGAGUAGAUCUAGGUCCGGAGUUUGUUUUCGGAGAACUGGUGUUUGGAUUGAGAGAAGAGAAGAGAAGGAUGAAUAAGGACGUGGAGCAGAAUGACGGGUUCAGCGAUGUAUCCCAUGACUCAGGGGUUAAUAUUGACCAGGAGCUCUCACUGCUUAGCCAGGACCAGGAUUUCGUCCUUUCAAGUCCAACCCCUGAUUCGUCCUCGCUCCUGGAUCAGAUGGACGAUACAGGAUACAAUUUAUCUACUGAGGACGAGUAUGGAUCAAGUGAUUUCUCUGAUCAGGACGAUUUUAACGAUCAUUUUGUCAGUUACAAAUUUGAGGACUAUCCGGAAUCUGUUUUCUGUGAUUUUGAGGACGAACCACCCCAGACAGAGACAACUCGUCGACGAUCGUCUGUUCGCAACCCGUCCGAGAUAUAUAUAGAGAAGGCUUGUGAUUGUAAUUAUAAAGAUUCUGUUGUCCGUCGAUCAAACUCAAUCAAGUCAAGAUUAUGACAAGUGUUUAAAAUAGUGCCAAUUCUUGCGGUAAAAACUUGUGCAACUACAAGCGUGUAAAAUUAUACCACUACUCAAUACUCAUCUCAUCUUAGACAUUCGAGUUUCUAUUAUGAAAAGUACCAUUCGAAAGCUACCAAAAAUAUGAGAAGAAAAAGCACGAAGAAAACUGAAGAAAAAACUUGUAUAAAACUAUUACUUUGUCACGGGCCUUGUGCCUUUAGAUUUUUUAAAUUAUGUUUCUUCAAUAAAUAAAUGUUCCUAUA